AUGAAGUUCUUCACCUUCGCUCUGGCAUUUCUCGCCUCUGGCACCUACGCCUCCGUUCUGCGUGAGCGCAGCUCGGAGCCCAUCAAGACAGUCGUGACCGACAUCACAAAGGAUAUCGACUCCCUCGCAGCCGUAGUCAAUUCAUUCCCCGCCAGCGGCAAAGGUUCCAUCCAGAGGGCGGCCGUGAAGCUCAACAGCGACCUCACAGAAGGCACAGCGACUGUCGAGUCCUCCGAGAAACUGACCCCCGAAGAGGCCUCGGGGCUCGCCACCGCGAUCCAGGGUCUUAUCCAGAAGACUCAGGACCUCGCCAACCUUUUCAAGUCCUUCCGUCCGGCGGCUGAGGAAGUCAACGCCUGCGUCCUUGUCUAUUCCAAUCUCCAAACCACGAUCCAAGAAGCCCGAGACUUCAUGAGCGCGGUGGCCUCCAAGAUGCCGGCAGAGGCCGAAGCUAGUGUCGCCGACAACGUCCACAAACUACUAAGUGUCUUUGAGGACCUCCAGAAGUACUAUUCUCCCGAGAACUGCAAGAACUCUGACGGUAGCGCCGCUCCCUCCAACUAG